UAUCCCUCCACAUCCCCCCCGGGUCUGUCACUCCUCUGGAUGUUUCUUUUCCAUCACUCUUCUCUUUCAUCUUCUCCCAUAUCUCCCAGAAUAGGAUUCGACGUGCUGUGAAUCCCCCGGCAACAUGGGUGUCGUCAACAUGAUGUCCCGCUUCAAGCCUCAGGCGGAGCACUCCGAGGCAUCGACUGAGGUUCCCACUCCUGCUCGCUCCGACUCUAACGCUGAGAAGAACGAUGUUCUCCUCGAUGACAGCCCCGUCAAGUAUCUGACUUGGCGCUCCUUCAUCCUGGGUAUCGUUGUGUCUAUGGGUGGUUUCAUCUUCGGUUAUGCCACUGGUCAGAUCUCCGGUUUCGAGACCAUGGAUGACUUCCUGCGUCGUUUCGGUCAACUCCAGUCGGAUGGAUCCUACGCCUUCAGCAACGUCCGCAGUGGUCUGAUCGUCGGUCUGUUGUGUAUCGGUACUAUGAUUGGUGCUCUCGUGGCUGCUCCCAUCGCAGACCGUAUGGGCCGCAAAUUCUCUAUCUGCUUCUGGUCUGUCAUCCACAUCGUUGGAAUCAUCAUCCAGAUCGCCACCGACUCCAGCUGGGUCCAGGUCGCCAUGGGCCGUUGGGUCGCCGGUCUGGGUGUUGGUGCCCUGUCCAGCAUUGUCCCCAUGUACCAGAGUGAGUCUGCUCCUCGUCAGGUUCGUGGUGCCAUGGUCAGCGCCUUCCAGCUGUUCGUCGCCUUUGGCAUCUUCAUCUCCUACAUUGUCAACUUCGGUACCGAGAGGAUUCAGUCCACUGCUUCCUGGCGUAUCACCAUGGGCAUUGGCUUCGCCUGGCCCCUGAUCUUGGCCAUUGGCUCUCUGUUCCUCCCCGAGUCUCCUCGCUAUGCCUACCGCCAGGGCCGUGUCGAUGAGGCCCGUGAGGUCAUGUGCAAGCUCUACGGUGUUGGCCCCAACCACCGCUGCAUUGCCCAGGAGAUGAAGGACAUGAAGGACAAGCUGGAUGAGGAGAAGGCCGCUGGUACCGCAGCGUGGCACGAGCUCUUCACCGGUCCCCGCAUGUUCUACCGUACCAUGCUCGGCAUUGCUCUGCAGUCCCUGCAGCAGCUGACGGGUGCCAACUUCAUCUUCUACUACGGAAACAGUAUCUUCAAGUCCACCGGUCUCAGCAACAGCUACGUCACUCAGAUCAUCCUGGGUGCCGUCAACUUCGGUAUGACCCUGCCCGGUCUGUACGUCGUCGAGCACUUCGGUCGUCGUAAGAGUCUGAUGGUCGGUGCCUCCUGGAUGUUCAUCUGCUUCAUGAUCUGGGCCUCCGUCGGCCACUUCGCUCUGGACCUGGACGACCCCCUCUCCACUCCCGCCGCCGGCAAGGCCAUGAUCAUCUUCACCUGCUUCUUCAUCGUCGGCUUCGCCACAACCUGGGGACCCAUCGUGUGGGCGAUCUGCGGUGAGAUGUACCCGGCCCGCUACCGUGCUCUCUGCAUUGGAAUUGCCACCGCCGCCAACUGGACCUGGAACUUCCUCAUCUCCUUCUUCACCCCCUUCAUCAGUGCCUCCAUCGACUUCGCCUACGGCUACGUCUUCGCUGGUGGCUGCUUCGUCGCCAUCUUCGUCGUCUACUUCUUCGUCAACGAGACUCAGGGUCGCACCCUCGAGGAGGUCGAUACCAUGUACGUCCUCCACGUCAAGCCCUGGAAGAGUGCCGAUUGGGUUCCCCCGGAGGGUAUCGUGCAGGACAUGCACCGUCCCCCUUCGGCAGCCAAGCCCGAGCCCGAGGACCGUGUCGAGCACAGCCAGCCCACCGAGCUCCGCGAGUAAGCGGUCAUCCAAUCGCGUUGGGCCGGCCUCUCGCUCUCUUGCUCUUGUACAUUGAAGAAACCCCUUUGCAGCAUUUACAACUCGUUUUAAUCGCUUGAACGCUUUUUUUUUAACACUCUUUUUUCGCUAUGAAUUGUGUCCUCGCAUGGGCUUAUGGCUUUGAAAUGCCUGGAUAUGGAUGGACGGAUGGAUGGAUAAGGAAACUUCGGAAGGGAAAUCGGGGGAAUUGCUUACUUGCUACUACGAACAUCGGCGUUUUUAUUAGUGAUACCUGCUCUCGCACUUGCUCCCUAGCAUUGCAUUGCAUACCAUAGCUUGUUUGCUUGCUUGCUUGCUUACAUCUCCCUGGAGAUUUCGAGGCUAUUGAGAAACGAUUAAUACAAGUACAUAUGAAUAAGAUCUUCUCCCUU